AGUUCAGUACUUCCGCCAGCAAACCAGCCCACGACGACGUCAUCAACGUGCGGCGGGUUUUUAGGCGCCUUACGGGAAGUUGGGAAUUGGCAACAAUUGUUGGCAUCAGCGGUUAAUUUAAUUGUUGCAUUCGUGGAAUUAGUACUCGGUGUGGCAUUUAGACAUAUCUCUUCGCUGGGUCUGUGCGUCUAUUACGACGUUUAUCCCGCCGCUCUUUGCUUGUAAGCGCUUGUCUCAGAAUGAAAGGCGCAAUCCCCCGAGGCACCUUAAAGUCAAUUUUGAAAAAGCAUCAGCCAACUAUGCGGAGGGAGGCAGAAUUGGACGUAUUGGUUCACUUGAAUUGCCUUCUGUUUGUACGCAGGCUGGUAGAAGAAGCCCAGGUGAAAGCAUUAGAAAAUAAAAGCUCCGUUAUUAAACCAGAACAUAUCAAGGCAGUUGCAAAGACCGCUUUGAAGAAGUCUAAAGGCUGAAGAAAGUGCACCGACCUUGCUGGCCUAUUUAUUUUAUUUUAUAUUAGAUCUUAGUAAUUUGCCAAUAAGUUAUAGAAGUUAAACUUGUUUUACUUGGACAAAAAAGGUGUCGCCCCCCCCCCCUUUUUUUUUUUUUUCUACCUUACUAUAAGAUGCGUUCAAUUUAGCAGUUUGUCAAGAAAUUACUAUUUUUUUGUAAAUAUAUAAGAAACAGAUGCUUGCAUGACUCUUCUGCGCUGCUUGCAUCACUUUGUGGUCUUUAUUUGCAGUGCCGGAAACAUCUGUGAAGCCAUAUACUGUUGAUAUGCUUCACUGCUGAGGUAACAUUUACUGGUGUGGCUGCAGACAAGCAAAAGGUGUUUGUUAGGCAUUUGUGCCCAACAUACAUUUAGCUGUAUCAAGCUUUUUCAUGUUGUUUAUAUAACUGUAAAAUGCCAACAUUUAAUGAAAAAAUAAAUUACUAUAUUUUAAAAUAA